UACGCCCGUACUUGUUCACAGCAGCUCAGGGACCGAGGCACCUGUCAGACAGAGGAAUACUUUCCCUCCACUCCCACACACACACACACACACACACACACACACACUCAGCCACUGACUCUCAGCUGAACUGCAUGGACUUUGCUCUGCUGGGUGGAAAGUGAUCACAGGCGGCGUGUAAAUUAAACUGAAGAAAGGCGGGAGAGAAACCUCAAGAGGAAACAUGUCAAAAGAGGGGAACAGAGCAGCUGUAUUAUCCACCACCAAAGUGCGGACCAAGCUGAAGGGAGAUGGCAGCUGGCUGCAGCGCACCAGUGAACCUCAGUCUGAACCUGAGGAGGAGGUGAAACCCUGGGUGGCAGAGGUGAGGGCCAACCGCGUGAAUGGAGCCCCCAUCGAGACCAGUCCAGGGCCUUCGCCAACAAAGCCCGAGCUGCCGCCCAACAAGCCUGAUGCCGGGAGAGCGCCAACGUCAGGGUAUCUGAUCAGAGGCAUUUUCACUAAACUGGACGAGAAGCCUGCAUCAUCGCCCACAUCCAACGGCUCAAGUGGAACGACGCAGUUCAACAAAAAAGCCUCGGAGAGCUACAAGAGAAUAGCCCCCCACACGGUGAGGCCCACUUCAGAGAGCCUGGAGGACCUUCUGAGCAAUGAGGAGCAGGAGAAACGGACGGAGGCAGCCAGCAAUGUUCUGAAGACGUCUUCAGUCAGGCAGCGGUCUUACGUGCUCUCUGCUGCUAAGAAAUUUGAGUUGAUUGACAAAGCCGCUGACACCUCGCCGGUCAUCAACAAUGUGUCAUUUUCAGCGAAAAGGGUUGAGAUUGUGGAUGACGAUGAGGAAGCCAAUACGCCACCACCUGUCAGCUCCCCCAGCCCCACUCCUGCCCCGACGGCCAGACCCAGGCGAAUUGAGGAAACAAACGUGAAGACAGCCGCUGAUGUGCCAGUGGCUCCCAAGGUUCUGGGGCCGCUACCGGAUCUUUUGAAAGAAGAUCCCACUCCAGUGUCUGUGACGAAGAAGGACCCGUUUGAAGGCAUGAAGCCGGGAUGCACCAAGGUGGCCACACCUCUCCCUGAAUUCAUCCCAGUGUUAGUAAAAGCAGUUCACAAAGAACCUGAGCGGCCCGAUGUUUCUGAUCAAACCGACACCUCUCUGGUUAAAAUCACCCCUGAUUUACCAAAGCUGGUAUCAACCACUUCAGCUCGAGCUGUCCCAGAAUCCCCUGCACCAUUGUCCCCUGCCCCGACGACAACUGUCCCCAAAUCACCGGCUCCAUUGUCCCCUGCCCCGACGACAACUGUCCCCAAAUCCCCUGCUUCAUUGUCCCUUGCUCCGAUGACAACUGUCCCCAAAUCCCCUGCUCCAUUGUCCCCUGCCCCGACGACAACUGUCCCCAAAUCCCCUGCUCCAUUGACCCCUGCCCUGACUUCAACUGUCCCAAAAUCUCCUGCUCCAUUGACCCCUGCCCUGACUUCAACUGUCCCAAAAUCCCCUGCUCCAUUGUCCCCUGCCCCGACGACAACUGUCCCCAAAUCCCCUGCUCCAUUGUCCCCUGCCCUGACUUCAACUGUCCCAAAAUCCCCUGCUCCAUUGUCCCCUGCCCCGAUGACAACUGUCCCCAAAUCCCCUGCUCCAUUGACCCCUGCCCUGACUUCAACUGUCCCAAAAUCCCCUGCUCCAUUGUCCCCUGCCCCGACGACAACUGUCCCCAAAUCCCCUGCUCCAUUGACCCCUGCCCUGACUUCAACUGUCCCAAAAUCCCCUGCUCCAUUGUCCCCUGCCCCGACGACAACUGUCCCCAAAUCCCCUGCUCCAUUGUCCCCUGCCCUGACUUCAACUGUCCCAAAAUCCCCUGCUCCAUUGUCCCCUUCCCCGACGACAACUGUCCCCAAAUCCCCUGCUCCAUUGUCCCCUGCCCCGACGACAACUGUCCCCAAAUCACCGGCUCCAUUGUCCCCUGCCCUGACUUCAACUGUCCCCAAAUCACCGGCUCCAUUGACCCCUGCCCUGACUUCAACUGUCCCAAAAUCCCCUGCUCCAUUGUCCCCUUCCCCGACGACAACUGUCCCCAAAUCCCCUGCUCCAUUGACCCCUGCCCUGACUUCAACUGUCCCAAAAUCCCCUGCUCCAUUGUCCCCUGCCCCGACGACAACUGUCCCCAAAUCCCCUGCUCCAUUGUCCCCUGCCCCGACGACAACUGUACCCAAAUCCCCUGCUCCAUUGUCCCCUGCCCCGACGACAACUGUCCCCAAAUCCCCUGCUCCAUUGUCCCCUGCCCUGACUUCAACUGUCCCAAUAUCCACGGUUCCAUUGUCCCCUGCCCUGACUUCAACUGUCCCCAAAUCACCGGCUCCAUUGUCCCCUGCCCCGACGACAACUGUCCCCAAAUCGCCUGCUCCAUUGUCCCCUGCCCCGACGACAACUGUCCCCAAAUCCCCUGCUCCAUUGACCCCUGCCCUGACUUCAACUGUCCCAAAAUCCCCUGCUCCAUUGUCCCCUGCCCUGACUUCAACUGUCCCAAAAUCCACGGCUCCAUUGUCCCCUGCCCUGACUCCAACUGUCCCCAAAUCCCCUGCUCCAUUGUCCCCUGCCCUGACUUCAACUGUCCCAAAAUCACCGGCUCCAGUGUCCCCUGCCCUGACGUCAACUCUCCCAGAAUCCUUUGCUCCAGUGUCUACAGAAACAACGAUCACAGUGCUUAGAGAACCUAUACCUGAACCUGCAGAAGAACCUGAACCACAAUCUAAACCUUCUCCCAUGACAAGCUCCAGAGUUGACACGCUCUCUGCCUUUUACGACACUCUCGUUCCCACAAGUUUAACCAGUCUCAAGGAUGGUGAGCCAGGGCUGGCAAAGGAACAAGGAGGCCCAGCAGAGAGCCACUUCACAGAGAGCAGAGCUGCGAAGGAGCCCGAUCCAGUUUUCAGCAUUCCGGAGCCAAUGACAGACGAUCUCCUGGCAUUCGAUGAUGGUCCACAGGAGGCAGCAGUGCCUGUUCCCCAGAGCCCAGGUCGCUGGAGUCAGGAUCUGCUCAGUGGAUUUGAUAGUGAGCCAGACCCAGCGAAGACCAGCGGCGCCCUGGAUCUCCUGGCUACUGAUGUGAUUCCAUUCAACACAGAGAAACGCAGCCCCAGCGUGCAGCGGAAGGAGGAGAAGCAGACAGAUGAGACAGCAGGAGAAACACAAAGCCUCACAGAGACCGUCACUGUAACCACCAGGACUGUGAUUAUUACUGACCAACGUGAAGAGGACAAAGCAGAUCCCUGGAGCUCACAUGUGACAACAGUAGUUACUGAAUCGAGCUCGGCUGAUCCGUUUGAUCCAUAUCCGGUAGGGACCACAUCCCCUAACAGCUCCUCUGACCUGCUCCAGCCCCGCGCAGAUAUUUCCAUCAACAGCGCACCAGCCACGUUCAUGGAGAACAAAGAUCUGAGUCCAGAACCACAUCUCGGCACUCGGCGGUCAUGGGCCCGCACAUGGGACACCAUCACACCUCAGCAGGCCGGCACAGAGGAGAGCCAGGAGGCCGAACCGGAGGACCAAGCCGGAGAGCAACAGACGAUGAUCAUGUUUGAGAGGAAGUCCAAGGAGAACGACUCCCCAUGGGACAGGUGGACAUCCCCCACUGUCUAUACCAUCACUACAGAAGAGGAGGAAGAGGAGGAGGAGGAGGAGGAGGAGAGCUCGAAGGAAACACGCACAGAGACAGUCACGACCGUCACCACCAUCAGGGAGAUCCACGGUGAGCCGGAGCCCGCUAUGGAUCGUUAUCAAACCUACACCAGGUCGGUGACUCAAGAAGAGCGCCCGGUCCAAACACCAGAGCCCGAGACCAAAAAGCCGUUUGUGUAUUUGAAGGAAUACGUCAAUACCUCAGAGGAGUCCUCGCAUAACGCCAGAGAUGAAUCCAAUAGUGGGCUGGAUUAUUUGACAUCGAGCUCCACCAGCUACUCUUACAGCAGCCCCUCCACGUACCCCAGCGGCCCCAUGUCAUCCAGCUGUACGUUCUGCGGCAAGCAUGUGGGCGAUGAUGCUAAGAUCACCAUCGAGCACCUCAAUAUCAACUGUCAUCCCGACUGCUUCAAGUGUGGUGUGUGUGAUAAGGAUAUGGGAGACCUGCUCUGCAGUAUGUUCCUACACGGAGGGAAGGUCCACUGCGAGAGCUGCUACUCCAAAGCUUUAGACUGAUUGUCUGAGCUCUUCAGCGUCCCUCUUAUCCUCGUCCCCCUUCCCUUCAUGUUCAUUUGCAUAUAAAGUGAGAACUGUGCUUUAGCAAAAAUGUUGGACUGUGUUCAGUUGGAACCUUGCUGUGGUGUAGGGUGAUCAAAGAGACUCUCAUAGUGAACAAUAUGAUUUCUUUUGCUUCCAUUAGGUUCAAUUUCUAAUUUCUCAAACAUGUUAUACAAGCUUGUGUUUUAUUUGUUUCUUCCCUGGUGGUGAGAGCUGUAUCUUCCUCAGUAGACUAUGAAGGAUAUACCUGUACAACAUGCUGUGCUACAUAUAACUGUGAACAGGCAAGUGGGGUGCAAUAUUAUGAUUUAGCUUUUUGAGUAGUUAUAAGCAAGAUUAUUACUUUGUCACAUGUUUACUUUCUUUGUUAUUCUUGAUACAAAACAGUGUGUUCACAUAUAUGAUGCCUUGUUAACAAAAUAAAGUGAUUUAUAUGAG